CACAAGGCAGUUUCCGUUUCUUGCCAGGCCGAAGGAAAAAGGUUUUUUUUUUUGGGCUGGAGCGAAGAAAGAGAAAAUUGGGCCGUGUGUGUGUUUUGUUUUGGUUUGGGCUAAAUUAAUUGAAGUGGUGGACUUGACUUUCUGACGGAAAAAAUACCAAGAUCUGAAAUUAGUUGUAUCGGGUAUCUCGUCUUGUCUUUGAAGAUGACAGAAGACGGGAAGUUCCGAAUUGAGAAGUUCGAUGGUACAGAUUUCAGGUUGUGGAAGAUGCAAAUUGAAGAUUUGCUGGUUCAGAAAGAUUUGGACGUGGUUUUAGGUGACAAGCCAGAAAAGAUGUCAGAUGCAGAUUGGGCAGGUUUGGAUCGGAAAGCAAUGUCCGUGAUCCGUCUCUCGUUGACCAAGAAUGUUGCGUUCAACAUUCGGAAGGAGAAGACAGCGAAGGGAAUUAUGGAAGCGUUGUCUAACAUGUACGAGAAGCCAUCUGAUGCGAACAAAGUGUUUCUGAUCAGAGAGCUGGUGAACACAAGGAUGAAAGAAGGCACUUCAGUUACCGAGCAUAUCAACAAGUUGAAUUCGAUCUUAGCCAGACUUUUGUCAGUGGGCAUUAAGUUCGAUGAUGAAGUUCAAGCUUUACUACUGCUAUCGUCUUUACCUGAUAGUUGGUCCGGAACGGUUACAGCGGUUACCGGAUCAGUGGGACCUGAUGGAUUCACCUUUGAUCAGAUUCGAGAUCUCGUUCUUGGCGAGGACGUCAGAAGAAAGAGUUCUGGGGAGUCAUCUGGUGAAUUGUUACAUGUUGGCAGAGGUAGAAGAAAUAGCAGAGGUAGUGGGAGCGAGAACAGACGAAGGAGUCAGUCAAAGACUCGUGACAGCUCAGGUGUAACGUGCUGGAAGUGCAAGGAGGUGGUGAGCUUUGCAUUGUUUCUUGGUGAGGUUUCCAUUGACAAUUGCUGAGCUUUGCAUUGACAGUUGGUGAGCUGUACACUUUGACCGCCCAUGACCAAUGGCCACCAUCGAUGACCCCCACUAUUUCCGUGGA